AUGGCAGGAUUUUUGCAUCGGAAUGUCAGCGGCUCCGCCUGCAUGUUGUUUUACAACAAGGAGGCGCAAAAGUAUCAGGUUAAACUGGCAGAUUUGGAAUACUGCAAGCGAUAUCAAGCGACAGGUUUCCAUGAUCCUAAAUCUGUCUCCCGUGAAUUUGCCGCUGUUGAAGUGUCGAGUAAGCGGUUGCGCACAAACAUGCUUCCCCCUUUCCAUCGGCAUUACUAUCACGAUCUGGAGUCGCUCUUCUGGCUGCUAAUCUGGUAUACGAUCACCUAUUUGCCCAUCGAUAACCCGGAAGCAAAGCAGGACAUUGUGGCUACAAUCAACACUGCCUCGUGGAAGACAAAUAUUUUUGACGUUUUGUUCCCUCGGGAACAUCAAUCACAACAUGGCAGCAGAGCACACUUCUGGGACAAUCAAACUCGCGUUUACGAUAAUUUGGCGGUCGAGGUCCAAUGGCCAGAAGAAACUGUAGAUGUCCUCGAGAGACUCAGCAAAAUAAUUUCCGACUUUCAUUCAGCAUAUACAACACUUCAUCGCAAUCCCCCCAAGGAUAACGCAGCACGAUGGCCCGACGCAAAGUUCAGCGAUUCACUAUACGAGAAGUUUACCAGCAUCCUAGACGAUGUUGCUACACACGUGGGCACUCUCGAUUCCGUCUCAAUGUGGGAUUUAAUGAAUAACAGGAGGAUGAUGAACAAGAGGCCUGGGGAAGGGGAGGACGAUAGGGCCGUGACCAAGAGACGAUUUGACGAGUAG